GACGUCACCACGCUGCGGCCUGAUCUGAACUACACAGCUGAAAGAAAUUGGAGAGAACAACACGGCGCCGGAAAAAAAAAGCCACAACGUCACGUAGUCGUGUAACAACCAAAGAUAUCAAGGAGCCAGCUGAAAAAAAGUAUUGUUUUGUUUGGUAAUAAGUUACCACCGAUAGAUGAUACGCAAGAUGCCUGGUCAACUCAACAAGGUGGUGAUGCACAGAAAGAGGAAGAGUGUCUCUGAGCCCAAAAACUCCAAAAAGGUUUCUGUCCCCAGGAGGAAAUGCGUGAAAAGUCCAAAGGCGCUCUGUGAAGCGGAGAGCAGUUCGGUGGCUAGCGCUAAAAGCAAAGCGGCCGGCGACACAUCAGAGAGACUGUCUCACAUCAGCUGUGAGUGCCUCCUGUCUGCAGGCAGACAGCGAUGCUCUGCGUCUCCUCUGUUGGACGGGCAGGAUGGCAAAGAAAACGACAUGCGGACCAGCCCCUUUUUGGAGACCUGCGCAUGGUACGGUGUACAGGACAUGCGUGGUCCUGAUGACAUGGAGUGCCAAGAAUCGGACAAAAACGUGUUUCCUGAUGAUGACAGCAACCAGAUUCUUCCUGUGGAACAGUUUUUCGGAAAUCUGGAUGAGUUACAGGAUUUUCCUCAAAGAACAUCAGCGACGACUUCUCGUCAUCAGAGAAGGCACAGGCGGCGCCAUUAUUACGCUCUGGAAGACAGCGAUGAAGAGCAGCAGGAGGCAGAGGCAGAGGCAGGCCUCAGCAGUACACAGCAAGAGGAUACUUUGUGACGGCGUCUUACUUUCUGCACUCAGAAACUUUUCAGCACUUAGCUUGAAAAAAAAAAAAAAAGUGUAUAAA